CAGAAAGAACUGGCAGAGAGCAUUGGAAUAGAGGAGGAUGACACUGAAGACCGAGAGGUCCCUCCCACUGAGUGUGAGGAUGUGGCAGAUAUUGGUAGUCAUGAUGUGAAAGCAGAGCUUCCCUCCCACCUCAGCAUUACUAAGGAUGUUAUGGAGUGCUGCAUUCAUCUGCUGUCUGAUCCCAGCCUCAGGCUCCGACUCAAGAGCUGGGAUGCUCGUCUUCUGAUGGAGCGCUGUCGAGCUGUGAAGAGUCCAGAUAUCAGCGCUCACCUGGCUGGUACCAAGAAGGUUCAGCAAGUGCUCGCCAGACCUGGAGUCCUGGAGAGGUUCUUCCCGGACCAGCCUCAAGCUGUGCAGCAGAUCCGAGCGACAUUCGCUGACCUCUACUGAUGAUAAUACUUUUGAAAAUGGCAGUUUAAUUUAUUGGGCAAUUAUAAAAUCGUAUUUCUUAGGCUGGCUUUUAAGGAAGGAGAAAAGGUAUGUAUCAGUUGGCUGGGAAGAAAGAUGGAGGUGGAAAGGAUGUGCAAGCUAUGGGACAAAGUUGCUGAGACCAGGUUAAACAGAGGUGACGAUCAGUGAGCAGGAGUGUGGCUUCGUGCUGAAAAGAGCACAACAGAUUCUCUGGAGAGAAGGUGAAGGAAAGUCAGCUGAAGCAAGACAGUUUGUGGAGUUUGUGUUGGACUGUAUGUUAUGCUGGGAGCCUGGGGAUUAGUGGACUUUGAUUCCAAGUUAAUAUUAGCUAGUGUUUCUCACUGGUUUUUGGGCGGUGG